CAAAUAAAGUUUAUGAAAAGUGAGCAGAAUCCUGUGAGUCAAUUCAUGUUUUUGUGGUAUACCAUACAUAUGGUGUAACGUGUACACUGGGAGUUGGGAAGCGAGUGGCACACCGACAUGAAACGUUAACGCCUAGGGAUUGAACUAAAGGGAGUGAUUAUAUAAGGUAAUCAGGCAUGUGAUUGAGUCCAGGUGAGUCUGAUGACAGGUGUGUGUAAUAAUGAGCAGCCUGACGACCCCGAGCACCAGCGUGGGAGUGUACGUGACAUAUGGCUUUGGUGCAAUGACAUCAUUUCCAGGGAUACACAGAUAUUUAAUGAAAAAAGGUUUUUGCCAAGGAAAUGACCUCUUCAAUGACAAAGGACUCCUACUCCCAGAAUCCUACAAGAUUGGCUGGAUGGAGGCUAUUGAUGAUGACAAAUUAAUCUCUGACAUCACCAUACCUGGUACCCAUGACACCAUGGCUCUCUAUGGAGGCCCAGCGGCAGAGUGUCAGGCCUGGGAUUUGGGGGAUCAGCUGAGGGCCGGCAUACGCUAUCUGGACCUCAGGAUAUUCGCCUUUGAAAACAAACUCUAUGUCAUGCACUGGGUUGUCUACCAACACAAGUCGUUCUAUGAGGUCCUUGACACGAUCAGAGCAUUUUUGUCUGAAUUCAGAAGUGAGGCGGUUCUCGUUAGAGUAAAGCCUGAUUUGUUUGAUAAAGAGAAUGUUGAGGAGCUGGUUGGAAAAAUGAUUAUUAAUGAUACAGAUGUAUGGGUGAAGUCUGACAUGCCAACUAUGGCUGAGGCAAGAGGAAAGAUGAUAUUUGUACAGAAAUCCAGCUUUAAGCUGGGCAUUCCUCUCUUGGAAACAGACAGCAAAGGUGACUAUGAAGUUACUCAUAUUGCAGACAAGGAGAACAAAAUAGUGAAACACUUGACACAAGCUUCAGGUGAUUGUGGUGGGGAUUAUAUUGUUCUGAGCUACUCCAGUGGCACUGGCAUUGGCACAUUGUUGGGCAUGUUUCUAACUCCCAAGAAGGUGGCUGAAAAGAUUGACCCAUGGCUCGAUCAGUAUCUGAGACAGUUCUCCAGGGACCACAGCAGUGUAUGUUUCGGGGUGAUUGCCAUGGACUUUCCUGGUAUCGACCUCAUUCAAACAGUCAUUAAGAUCAAUGAUUGGUGAAGUGUUCACCCCUGGAAUGUUCACCCAUGGAAGUCAUGAUUAUAUUGCUUUCUGAAAUGUUAGUUGACGCAAUUAGAUUAAGUGCAGCAACAACACAUGACACAUACUAUACUUGAUUGUGCUCAUAUUGAAAAGGAGCGAGAUAGAAGACUGACAAAGUAAAGAAUUUAGUGAUUGGAACGUAGUAUUGGCAUGCGCUCUUAAACAACAAUAAUGAAGUCUUGGCACUACACGUCUUUGUACUUUGCCCCUGCUUGCUGUAUUAAAAACAAAGAAAAUCAUUAAAAUGGCAAAGAACAA